AGGCUCAAGUCACUGAUCAAAAUAGCAGCGAGUGUAGUUCCAUAAUUCACAAGACUCAAGGAGAAACUUUCCCGAGGUGUUCUUGAGAAUGUCUUCCUCCCGACGCAGGAGAGACGCGACGACGCAGGCGAGGUAGAGGCAGGAAGAAGCAAGAGAAGAAGGAGGCUUAGGGCCUCGAGGGAGAGGAGAGAGGAAGGAAGGAAGAGGGGGACGAGGACAUAAUGGUGGAGGUUGGGAUGAUCCCAGCGGCGCUGCGCACCUCCCUCGUCCUCGUCGGCGUCAUCAUCGUCAGCGCCUAUGUCAUCUUCGGCGCCCCGACGGACACCCGCAGGAGGAGGAGGAAGAAAGAUAAUAUCCCUGGUCUGGCAAAUAUUGGUAAUUCGUGCUUUCUGAAUGCCCUGGUACAGUCACUGGCAUCUUGUCCUCUGUUCAUCGCUUGGCUCAACACGAAGGUCUCCGAUUCAUCACCGCCACUUGUGUCUGCUCUUCACAAUCUACUUAAAGUUUUAAAUAAUGAAAGUGGCCUUAGUGGCGAUGCAUGUGCUGGUGAGGUGCUGAGUGCACUAAGGGGACAUGAUUGGAUCAUCUCGUCAGAAGAGCAAGACACACAUGAGCUCUUUCAUGUGCUCACUGCUACUAUAGAUGACGAGCUGAUAAGUGCUACCACUGUACCUUCGCUUCUCGACAUUUCGUGGGUGGAUGUUAACUGCAUGAAUUCACUGGAAGAUGGAGUGGUCGUAAAGGCCAACUCCUGGGGACAGAUUGGUGAAGAUGGUGUUACUAAAAAGAUGUGUGUAGAAAGGAGGGAAUUGCAAAUGAAAGGCUCCACAAAUGCAGUCAAAAGAUGUGACAGUUUUUCUUGCAAAAUAAAUGGAAUUUUGGUAGUGGAUAAGUGUGAUGAAGCAAAUGUUACUGCUAAUGGAACCAAAGCUGCUAAUGUUAGCAAUCAAAGCUGUGAUAACAAGGGUUGUGAAGAUAAUUUUAAGGUUGGGAUGCAUGGUGAUGUAUCAACUCAUAUCUGUGACGGUUCUCUUCAGCACUCUUUGGCAAUACGGAACAAAAAUCAUAACAUUUUAAAAGAUGAAUCAAACAUGGAAGUUAGUCUUGAUACCAAGCUUGAUUGUGAUAGUAAUAAGAAUUGUAAGGGACACAAAAGUGAUGUAGCGAUAACUGAAAAUAUAUAUGUAAAUUCUGAAGAGGCCCAAAGACAUAAAACGCACAGACAAGGCAAAGAGUCGCAUACAGGUUCCGCGGCAACGCGGGCUCGGGACUCGAAUACUUACUGGAAGAUCCACAGUGAUCAGCACGACAGUCCUUUCAGGGGGUACUUGGCCAGUCAACUGCAAUGCACCUUGUGUGGACAUAAGAAUCCUGCCCAGUGGACAAGCUUCGAGUCGCUGUCUCUCUCUCUCCCAUCACUGCCUUGGGGAGAGGUUACACUUCAAGAGCUCUUGGACUCUUAUAUUACACAAGAACAAGUAACUGAGGUCACUUGUGAAAGCUGCACAAAAAAGUCUGGGUCCCCUGUUAAAACUACCUUUACCAAGCAACUAACAAUUGGGAAGCUUCCAGAUUGUCUUUGUUUUCACAUCAAACGCACAGUUUGGUUGGAGAAUGGGUCGGCAAUCAAGCGACGAGACCACCUGAUAUUUCCAGAAUUCCUUAUUAUGGAUCCCUAUACAUACACCACUUCGAUCACAAGCCAGAAUUUCAAAGUAAGUGGACUGGAGGGCAACAGUGAUCCCAGCAGCAUUAACAGUCAAGAAAACAGUUGCCACUUGCCAGUCUCUUCCAUCAUCAGCCAAAGUGCCACAUUCACCCGCAUUGAACCAAGCCCCUUUGUCCACGUAAGGCGGGUACGUUACGAGCAACUGUACCGUUUAAAAGCUGUCAUUGUUCAUGUGGGGGAUGUCUUUUGUGGGCAUUUUGUGACAUACCGUCGUGGACCAAUAGGAUCUCGCACGAGGAACAGAUGGUUUUACACCUCCGAUUUGCUAGUGAGAGAAGCGAGUCUGGAAGAGGUACGGAAGGCCAAUGCAUACAUGAUUCUGUAUGAAAAGGUAACCUAAUGAUGUUGGUAUAGCAACCCAUCCUCCUAAAAUGGAAGUUCACUACAGUACUUAAGUAGCAAUGUGGUCUAAAGUACAAACAUAUCAUGAUGGACCAGCAGAUAAGACUUUCUGUAGUAUUUAAUUUGAACUGGAAAAAAUUUUGUUUGGUAAUAACACCUAACUAUCUGAGGUCUAAUAUAGUACAUGUGUGCUAAACUAGGCCUAGGAAUGUGUUGUUUAUUUUUUAUUUUUUCCAGAUUAUAAAAGAUUUACAAAGUGGCUAACUGGAGCUCCAUUAGUAGAUGUUGGUAUGAUCGAGCACAUGGUUACAAAAAGUGGUGUCAAAACUGGAGGAUGGGUUGUGGUUUAGACAGGUGAAAUACUGAUCUGUUUAUGUUGAGCAUUUAUUUUGUCUUUUUAGCAUUUUGGAUGGUUUUGGUAAAGAUUAUUUUCUUACACCACUGUGGAUAUUGUCCAUCCCCUUAACAAUAUGUAUGUGCUUCUCUUCCGUCUCUGGGUCUUGUUAGUUUGUGCUGCUGUUAUAGUACUUGCUUUUUAAGAACAGAUGAGUAAGGUAUUCUGUAUUUUAAAAAUUGAGUCUUGUCAUUUUUUUUAAAAUACAAAGCUAUCAGCACAGUAAAUUAUGUACUACAUUUAAUUUACAUGUUUGCGGAUUAUAGAUAUAUAUACUAUAGAGACAAAAUUCAGAAUCUUGAAAUGCUAAAGAUUGAUGUUAAAAUUUGACAUUUUGUUCAAUUAUUCUUUUUUUUUUUUAGUUGUAUA